AUGACUGAAUUUGAAACAAAGAAAAUGAAGUUUGAUGGAACUAGAAGAAUGGUUUUAAAGUUCCCGACUCGUUUGCUAGAGUUGUAUGAAAAUGAGGUUGGCCUUAAAAUUGAGGCAAGCUGGCAACAAACUAGGUUCGAAGGUAAACUUGAAUUUAAACUCGGAAAAAUGUUCAUCACAGAAGCACAGGUCAAAGAGCUUUUUCAGGAAGCUGCGACCAAAGUCCGCAAAUUCACGCAAUACAUUUUGGACGAGGUUGAGAAUAUAAGUCACAUAAUCAUGGUCGGUGGAUUUUCAGAAUCACCUUACCUACAAAGUAAAAUGAGAAAUAAUUUUGGUAACGCGGAUCCCUCUGGAGCAGUGCUAAAAGGUGUUGUCCUUUAUGGGCAAAAUUCCAGACAAAUAUCUGCUCGCGUAUGCAAGAAAACAUACGGCAUCGCUCGAAUGAUGAAGUUUAAGCCACAUCAUCCACCACACAAGAAGAUUACAAUCGACAAGAUAGACUAUUGUGAUGACCUCUUCAAUAAGCACAUAGAAAUCGGAACGAAGGUAAAUAUUGAUAGCGAAAAUAACGCGAUUGAACAUGAAUACUUUCCUUAA